AGGUGAGGGGUGGACAUGAUGGAAGAGUGACAGUGAACACAUGGAGGAGAGCGUUGAAGGAGGAAUAUGUGCGGUCUGGACUAAGAGACUCAAAUCUCCCCUAACACCGGUGGAUUAUAUCACAACACUGCUCGGUGUGUUUGGAGUUGACACGGAUGAAAUCAAGUCAGUGAUUGAGGGAGAUUCAGUCACUCUACACACAAAUGUUGAAAAACAGAAAAGUGAUCUGAUUGUGUGGUGUUUUGGACCUGAAGCCACUCUUGUUGCUAAAAUCAACGGAGAUGCCAACAGCAAGCGAGUAUAUGAUGAUGUUCUUGGUGGGAUAUUUCGAGACAGACUGGAGUUGAACAUCACGACUGGAGAUCUCACCAUCAGAGACAUCACAACUGAACACUCGGGACUUUAUAAACUCAGCAUCAUCAGUGAAAAGGCCUCAAACAAAUUAUUCAGUGUAACUGUGAAGGAGAGGAAAUCAGAGAUUGAGGAGAUUAAGACAGAUGAGACUGAGAAGAUUGAUGAGUCUACUUCCGGUCGAUCACGUUCAGAUUCUAUCAUCAUCAUCAUCAUCAUUACAGUGUGUUUGACUGCAGUAUUAACUGUAAUCGCAGCUGUGAUCUGCUUCAGGAAACACAGAUUGGAUCUAAAAGCUUUAAUAAAAGUGCAGACUUCUGAAACUGACGUUCUGACUGAAAAAAGACGACUUCAGGACAAAAUUCAGCAACAAGUUUGAAGGUUAACUAACCUGAAAAGACUUUUUAAUGGCAGGUUUUAUUGACACUUUAUUGACCUCAUGAUGUGUUUUAAUGAACAAUGUCCUGCUGUACUAUCUUUUGUAUAUUUAUUGUCUUUAUUAAGUGUUUUUUACUUAAAGAACAAUAAAUAUUGUGAACAAUUGAAUUACAUUUUAAAUGUCACAACACAAUUAAAAGCAUAUGUGAUAAUCCAGAGGAUAAUAAACUCAUUUCUGAGGAA